ACAAGCUUCUUAAAUAGUCAUCGGUUCAGAAACUGUGACAGUCAAGACCAUGAACAAGAAAGAAAUGAGACAGAGAAGCACGAUGGAUGAAUUCAUAUGGAUUAAAAUGUUUUUAUGUCUGAUGCUGAUGAUUCAGAUUGCAGUAUCUGCAACUGAAACCUCAAUUUUUAUUAAAGCUGGAGAUGACGUCACUCUGCCUUGUCUAAAUGUAAUAGAUGACCAGAAGAACUGUGAUGGUACUACGUGGACCUUUGCUUCAAAAAACACAACAGCAAUAGAAGUGAUCACCUUUGGAGAGAUUGGUAAAAAAGCCCAAACUAAAUCAGACAGACUGAGUGUUACAGCGAACUGUUCUCUGGUUAUAAAGAAGCUCACGGAUGAGGAUGUUGGUUUUUAUUACUGUCAGCAGUACAAACUGGGAGAAGGUAAACAUCUAGUUUCUGAGUUUUUGGUUGAUCUGGCUGUCAUCACAUUGACUGAAGAUAAGGACACUGAUGAAGUGAUGUUAAACUGCUCUCUGCUGACCUUUGAGGACUGUCGCCACACAGUGAAAUGGCUGUUAAUUGGUUACAAUGUAGACAAGCAAACAGAAAGAUCACAGACUGACUGCUUCACCACUGUGUCUUUUCCAAAUUCUCACAAUUCAAACGUAUCAAGGGAUAAUAUAAUGAAGUGUCAAGGAACUCAUACUAACACAAGCAAAGUACUCUUUACCAUCAUCCAUCAGCCCUCUGGUGAGGAAGCUGUUGGGACAAACAAAACAAUGAAUCCAGCCAGAAAAACUGAAAGCAGCACAACCUCAGUAACAACCACAGCCGUGAAGGAUAUUUCACAAGAUUUUUCCGUCUCUUUGAGGUUCAUUAUUGUUUCGGUGGGUUUAGCAGCACUUUUAAUAACUGCUGUGACAGUCAACAUUAGGACAAGAACCAAAGGGAAUAAAACACGACGGAUAAAGCAAGGGGAACAAAACAGAGGACGAGGAUAAAAUCAAACCCCUAGUUGCCAGGUGGGGCAACAGGUUUACCAAUGCUGCUGAAGAUCAUCUCAACACAGACUCACAACAUCAUCUCCUUCUGCCUUUCCUCUUUCUCUCGCUCCGCUGUUUGUGUGUGGGACAGUAUGAGAGAUUCCUCUUCUGCUCCCCUGCUCCAUUUGACUGGCACAUAUGUCUCAAAUCCCUAAUCAGAGCCUUUAAACAUUUGAUCAUAAAUUCAGUCCUCUCCAGAUUGUUCUGUUAGGUUUGUCUUUAGCAUCACUCAGUCUCAUCAAAAAAAAAAAAAAAAUUGUACUUUUCUUUGUGUUUCACUUGAUUUCUCCAGUCACUAAUUUUAAAUGUCCCGGGCCGUCUCCUCCAGACCAAAUACUUAGUCUUGGUAUCCCUGCCUGCUCUCUUUCUCCAUCACUCACCAAACCCAGAUGCAAGACCCAAUCCCCUCUCGCUUGCACAUUCUCCCUCAUUCCAGUGUUAAAGCCUGCUUCAGAGUCCACCUCUUUUACCAUAAUAAUUUUCAAUAUACAAUAUUUAAAAAAUGAAAUGUAGAUGUUAUUUUUUAAGCCAUUUUCUGAAAUGAAUGUGAAACCUUCCUGUAUUUAAAUUGGAAUAACA